ACCCAGUCAACUUCCGACUUCCUCCUUCUUUUGAAGAGCAAGCCAAAGCUACUGCAGCAAUGGCAAAGCUAAUUUUGUUGUGCCUGAAAUUUAUCAUAUUAAGCAGCGCCGUCGAGGCUGUGUUUGAGGAUCAAGUAGGGAAAUUCGACUGGAGGCAGGAAUAUGUUGGAAAGGUUCGCUUUUCCCACUUCGACACACAUGUGCAGUCAUCCAAAAAGGUGCUUCUAGCAACAGAGAACAAUGUUUUUGCUGCACUCAAUACCAGGACCGGAGAACUCUUCUGGAGACAUGUGGAUAAGACUGGGCCCGAGGGAAACAUUGAUGCCCUUCUGCAACAUGGACAAGAUGUGGUGUUGGUGGUUGGUAAUGGCCGCCUGCUGCGCUCCUGGGAGAUAAAUGUUGGUGGUUUGAACUGGGAGAUUGUGCUUGACUCUGGCAGUUUCCAGUCGGCAUGUUUAGUUGGACAGCAAGACAACGUGAAACACGUGGCUGUUUUGAAGAAAACUGUCAUCUCUUUCCAUUACCUUUCUAAUGGUCAUCAAAAAUGGAUAGAGAAUCUACCAGAAAGUGAAACUGUGGAUUACCAAUCAGUGUAUUCUGAUGGAAAUGGUGAAGUGUAUGCACUGGGAAUUGUCCCCCAUUCCCACAUCGCUAUUGUUGCUUACAGUGUGGAGGACGGAGAGAUAAUCAAGCAGAUGUCAGUCGAAGCUGCGUGGCUGUCCAACAUACAGGCCAGCUGUGUAGUGAUCAGCCAGGGGAUGUUGACGUGUGUGGACCCUUUAACUGUAUCCCUGUACAUGCUUGACUUGCACACAGAGUCACAGAUGACCCAGAUCCCCCUGCAGUCACUAGGACUUGAAGUCGCCCCUGGCUUCCAUCCAGUACUGGUGUCCACCCAGCCCAACCCGGGCCGGCAGCCGCUGUCAGAGUUCUUCCUUCAGCUCGGGCCUGACUACUACCAGCUUCUCCAGCUCAACAAUGGGCAGAUAGUUACGCUGAGGGAUUUCAAGCCAGCCAUGCUGGUUUCAUUUGCUACAACUGGAGAGAAGACUGUUGCUGCUGUCAUGUCGCCCAAGAAUAAAACAGCCAGCAGUCUUAACCUCUUUAGUGCAGAAACUGGACGUAGACUUCUGGACACAACACUGAUUUUUAAUAUGGAUCCUUAUGGUGGGAAACCAGAGAAGCUGCAUGUCCAGGCCUUCCUCAAGAAAGACGACUCUGUUGGCUACAGGGUAAUGGUGCAGACAGAGGAUCACACACUCACUUUCAUACAACAGCCAGGGCGUGUAAUGUGGACAAGAGAGGAGGCCCUGUCAGAUGUGGUGACAAUGGAAAUGGUGGAUCUGCCUCUCACAGGAACGCAGGCAGAGCUGGAGGGAGAGUUUGGCAAAAAGGCUGACGGCCUGAUGUCCAUGGUGUUGAAGAGGCUCUCCUCUCAGCUCAUCUUGCUGCAGGCCUGGAUUGCCCACCUCUGGAAGCUGUUCUACGAUGCACGGAAGCCUCGCAGUCAAGUUAAAAACGAAGUGACCAUCGAGAACCUCUCUAGAGACGAGUUCAACUUGCAGAAGAUGAUGGUUAUGGUUACUGCAUCUGGCAAGCUCUUUGGGAUUGACAGCAAGACCGGCAGUAUUUUAUGGAGGCACUACCUGGACAACAUCCCAUCUAAUGCAGCCUUCAAACUAAUGGUGCAACGGACCACUGCGCACUUCCCUCAUCCACCACAGUGCACACUGCUCAUCAAAGACAAGGACACAGGCCUGGCCACACUCCAUGUAUUUAAUCCCAUCUUUGGAAAGAAGAGUCACGUCAGUCCACCCGCUCUGCCUCAGCCAAUUCUUCAGUCACUCAUGCUGCCUCUCAUGGACCAGGAUUAUGCUAAGGUCUUACUUCUAGUUGAUGACCAGUACAAGGUGUCUGCUUUUCCCUCUACAAAGAAUGUACUACAGCAGCUCCAGGAGAUGGCUUCAUCCAUAUUCUUUUAUCUUGUUGACUCCACCCAGGGAAGACUUUCUGGCUACAGGCUACGAACGGACUUGUCGACAGAGUUGAUUUGGGAGGUCGUAAUCCCCGCCGAGGUACAGAAGAUUGUCUCUGUCAAAGGAAAAAGACCCAAUGAGCAUGUGCACUCCCAGGGAAGAGUAAUGGGAGACCGUAGUGUCCUCUAUAAGUACCUGAACCCCAAUCUACUGGCUGUGGUGACGGAGAGCACAGACUUGCAUCAGGAGCGAAGCUUUGUUGGGAUCCUCCUGAUUGAUGGCGUUACUGGGCGCAUUAUCCACGAGGCUGUUCAGAGAAAGGCCAGAGGACCGGUGCAUGUUGUGCAUUCUGAAAACUGGGUGGUGUACGAAUACUGGAGCACCAAGUCUCGUAGGAACGAGUUCUCUGUAAUUGAACUGUAUGAGGGGAUGGAGCUCUACAACAGCACUGUGUUCAGUUCGCUGGACCGGCCACAUGCUCCUCAGGUGCUCCAGCAGUCUUACAUUUUCCCCUCCUACAUUUCUACCCUGGAGGCCACACUGACUGAGAAGGGCAUCACGAGCCGACAUCUGCUCAUUGGCUUGCCAUCUGGAGGGAUUUUGUCAUUACCCAAGAUGUUCCUUGACCCUCGGAGGCCAGAAAUAGUGUCUGAGCAAAGCCGUGAGGAGAACCUGAUACCGUACGCACCAGAGUUGCUGAUCCGUACAGAGUGGUUCAUCAACUACAAUCAGACUGUAUCAAGAGUGCGAGGAAUCUACACUGCCCCUUCUGGACUGGAGUCGACCUGCUUGGUGGUGGCAUACGGUCUCGACAUCUACCAGACGCGUGUCUAUCCCUCAAAGCAGUUUGACGUACUAAAAGACGACUACGACUACAUGCUGAUCAGUAGUGUACUCUUCGCUCUUUUCUUUGCCACCAUGAUCAGCAAACGCCUGGCAGAAGUCAAACUGCUCAACCGGGCCUGGCGGUAAAGUGACCGUCAAAAAUCCCAUCUCUGACAGCCCCGAGGCUGCACGAAGGACCUCAGCCCGAGGAGAUGAGACGGCUGGGGCCGUGCCUGUAGAAGAGCACAGGUCAAAGUUCAAUAAGGCCAAUAAGGAACUGCAGGGGUGAGGGAACGGUGGGGUGGGGGUGAAAGGAGGGAUUAGUAAAGGUUUUAUGUGUUUAUUUUUUAACUUAUUUUGCAAGCACAAGGAAUUACUUCAUAGUAGAAUUAACAGUUUUUGUCAUUGUCACUGUCAUUAUGAUUAGAUGUUUAACACAUAACUGAUUACAAAUGAAUGAAAACAGAUGGAUUUAAUCAACUGUGGAGUUUGGAAAUUCCUACACAUGUGAAAGUUUGAUACUUAAACAAUGUUAGUUUUUUCCAAGAUUACUUUUGUGACAUUUCUGAUUCAUCAGACUGUUCUAAUGGAGAGUGAUAAUAAAUGUGGAGGUCAGAGAAAAGAGAGACAGAAGUUGUGCGAUACACGUGAGCAUGAUUUGGUACGACACUUUAGUUGUAUGGUUUGUACUUUUAGCUUGCUCAGUCACCAUGAUACCCAAAUGCCAUUUGGGUUUAUGGCACAUGAACUGUGAAUAUUAAGUGUGAGAAGAUAUGAUAGCAUGGACAAAUGGUUUCUGAAGACUCUCCCUCCAAAGGCACUGUCCCACUGUCUCCAUCACAUGCUUGGCGAAGGAAAAUGAUCAUCAUCCUUUAUUUUCUGUACAUCAGUCAUCCUGCAGCUCAUACAUUUGUGAGCAGAUUUGAUCCACCAUCAGUUGUUGCUCCAUUAAAAUUUGUCUCAGAACUCCA